UCCAUAUUCAUUCAAAAUCUUCACUCCAAUCAUCUCAAACCAACGCUUCUCUAAUCCAUCCAUGGCCUCUUCAAAUCAACAACCCACUUCUUCUUCUUCUUCUUCUUCUUCCCUCUAUCCCUCCAUCGACAUGAAAGACCUCGCCGAAAAUCUCUUCCCCGACGAAGAUCCCCCUGUUUCCGGUCACAAACACCCCGAUUCCUCCGAACAAGUCCUCCUACAGAUUCCCGGCGCCAUACUCCAUUUGAUCGAAAGACAAAACAGUAUCGAACUCGCUUCCGGUGAGUUUUCCAUCGUCGGUCUCAUCCAAGGCAACAACGUCGUCGCUGUACUCGCUCGUAUUGGCGAUCAAGUUCAAUGGCCAUUAGCUAAAGACGAACCCGCUGUAAAACUCGACGAUUCUCACUACUUCUUCACUCUCAGCGUUCCCUCAAAUGGGUCAUCGGAAAAUCCUGAUUCCGUCGCCGGAAAAGCUAAUCAAGAGCCGGAAAUGUUAAACUACGGCCUGACAGUUGCCUCAAAAGGGCAGGAAGAUCGAUUGAAGGAGUUGGAUCGUAUAUUAGAUCAGUACAGUUGUUUUUCGGUUCAGAAAGUGGGGGAAUCAGCGAAAUGGGAGGUGUUAGAUGGAUCAGUGGCGAAGGAAAUCUCGCCGGAGGAUAUGGCGGUGUCUGAGGAGAAAAGGGAGCUGCUAGAAGAGAGAUCUGCUGCUUAUUGGACGACUUUGGCGCCGAACGUUGACGAUUACAGCGGGAAAGUUGCGAGGUUGAUUGCGGCGGGAUCGGGACGGGUGAUUAAGGGGAUUUUGUGGUGUGGGGAUGUAACUGUGGAUCGAUUGAACUGGGGGAAUGAGUUUAUGAAGAAACGGAUGGGGCCUCGUUCUGAUGUAGAGAUAAGUUCAGCAGCUAUGAAGAGUAUAAAGAGUGUGAAGAAGAUGACGAAGAUGACGGAGAAAGUGGCGACCGGAAUACUUUCCGGGGUUGUGAAAGUGUCGGGAUUCUUUACAAGUUCGAUAGUGAACUCGAAAGUGGGGAAGAAAUUUUUUAGUCUUCUUCCUGGAGAAAUUGUUCUUGCUUCAUUGGAUGGAUUUAACAAGGUUUGUGAUGCCGUUGAAGUAGCAGGAAAGAAUGUGAUGUCAACGACGUCAGUUGUGACUACCGGACUUGUUUCAGAAAGAUAUGGAGAAGAAGCCGGUAAAGCAACAAAUGAAGGGCUUGGUGCAGCAGGGCAUGCAAUAGGAACAGCAUGGGCUGUGUUGAAGAUAAGAAAGGCUUUAAACCCAAAAAGUGCUUUCAAGCCAACUACUCUCGUAAAAGCAGCUGCUGCCCAUUCUAGUUCCUCUUCUAAAUAAAUUCUUUGGAUUCUUUUUUUUCUUCUUUUAAUUGUAAUACAUAAUUGCCCCCAAUUAUAUCAUGUGGCCUGAUGGAAUUGUAAUGCCCAAUUUUUCUGUAGUGGGUUUGUGUUUCUAUUGUUUUGUUGUAUAUUUUGUUUUUGUAUAUCAAACAGUUUUGGAUAUGAUAUAUAGUCUACACUCGUCUUGUUUUCAAUUA